AUGACUUGCUUCAGCUAUCGUGGUUUUACUUUUCGAUAUGGUCCCCAGAUUCCAGUUGCUUCUGAUAGUGAUUCAUGCUCCUCACAAGAUGAGGACAAGUUAGCCAUUUUGGAGAAACAACUCGAAGAUGAGUACAAAGUUAAGAGCGAAGCAGAAAAGCUGAUAAAGGCGUAUUCUACCGGCCGCUCCAAAGAUCAGAAACAUCUCAGUGAUGCUCAGAAAAUACUCCAUGACAGCAAAAUAAAAAUAGAAAUUUUGCGCAUGUUGAUUCUCCAACAUAAAGCAACACCUGCAAUUAGUCCGUUGGAGAAACGCAUUGAGGAGUUGAGCCACCGAUUUGUGAUCGAGCGUGCCGUGGCUGAAGGAGCCAAACAUGCCAUCCAGAAAUUGGAUGGAAAGCCACUUGUUGAGGCACAAUCGAUACUACAGGCGUCAAAUGAAAAGCUGGACCUCCUUAAAUAUUCAUUGGAGGAACGAGUGAAAGAACUUCCUGAUGGCCACCAUAGGAAGAGUAUAACCACCGAGGAACUGUCCCUUGGUUCAGUCAAAUCCAAGUCCAUAGCAUUAACGGGUACUCUGAAAGUGCGAGUAAAGGGCUGUCACGGUAUUCUGGAGAAUGUACCUGGCAGACUAAAGAUCCCGUCAGAUGUUCUCCCUGGCAGGAGUCCGCGCCGAGGAAGAUUCUUAUUACUGAACCGGAUCAGGAGAAACAACCAUGGCAGCAAUCAGAACAUCCAAGAUACUUUUGACUUUUCUAAAUACAGGAGAUUAGACUCCUUUGAUGAAAGCAAACUCUUAGAGCUUUGUGUAAAGCUAAUAGAUGAACCUUUAUAUAUUCUGUGUGAAGUCCGUACUCAGCUGAAGAUCGAUCAUAUUCCAGUGGGUUCAACAAGUUGGAAAACUGUUUCCAACCCAUCCUGGAAUAAGACAUUUAAACUGGAUUUAGAUAAGUCUCGGGAGCUAGAAAUAUCCUUAUAUUGGCAUGAUCAGAGAUCACUGUGUGCCACAAAGACUCUGAAGUUGGAAGAAUUCCUGUUGAACCUGAAACAGGAACUGUGUCUACAACUGGAACCACAGGGCACCCUUUUCAUCAAGGUGACGUUUUCCAGUCCUUUCACCCAGAAAAGGCCAAAGCUUCAAACAAUUAAGAAAUUAAUCUCCACAAAACAAGAGGAGACCACCGAACCAGCUCCACUGGAGGAUGCAGCUAUUGAUGCUCAUUCGCUGCCAGAAUCGGAUACUGAGAGCGUGGAUUCAUCGGCGCCGGCUGUGGAUACUGAAACAGAAAAGACCAUCCAGCCAGCUCCAGAAGAAGAUGUUGUUACUGACUCUCCUAUAUUGCCAGUAGCCACUGAGAGCAUGCGCCCAUUAACACCCGAUGCUGAUACCAUUACAGAAGAGACCUUCCAACCACCUCCAGUGGAAGCUACAACUAUUGACAGUGUACCAGUAGUGGACACUGAGAAUGUGGAUUCAACACUACCAGCUAUCAACACCAUUAGUACAGAAACUAUCCAACCACCUCCAGUGGAAGCUAGAAUGUUUGACAAUGCUCCACUGCCAGUAGCAGUAGAGGACUCUGUGAGCAUGGAACCAUCACCACAAGCUAUUGUAAGCGUGCUAGAAAUGACAAUCCAACCAGCUCUAGAAGAGGAUUUAGUUACUGACCCUACUCCAUUGCCAGUAAAGGACACGGACAGCGUGGAGCCAUCGGUGCCAGCUGUUGAUGAAAUUACAGAAAAGACAAUCCAACUACCUCCAGAGGAGGAUGCAGCUAUUAAUCCUCAAUCACUACCAGUAGAGGACUCUGAGAGCGUGGAGCCAUUGCUGCCAUCUGACGAUGAAGAUACAGAAAAGAUAAUCCAACCACCUCCAGAGGAGGCUGUAGUUAUUGACACGCCUCAAGUGUCAGCAGUGGACAAUAAGAAAGUGGAAUCAUCACCACCUGGUGCUGCUACUGAUAUGGAAAAAAACAUCCAAACAUCAACAGAGAAAGAUGCAGUUAUUGAUAUUGAUAACAUUGCAGAAGAAACCACUGGACCACCAAAGGGUUUAGUUUAUGACGCUGUUCCAUUAGCAGAAGCAGAUGUGGAAAAUCCAUCAUCAUCAGCGGGUAUUCAGCAAGGAGCUCGGCUGAGCAUUCAGGAUUUUGAUUGUCUCUGUGUGCUGGGAAGAGGAGCAUUUGGAAAGGUGGGUUAUGGUGUGAAUUCCACUUUCAAUAUAAAAGGUGUCAAGAUAAAUGCUAGGCUUAUAUGUGAAAAGGAAAUCCUACAGACUGUGAGCGAAGUACAACAUCCUUUCCUUGUUAACAUGUUGGCAAGUUUCCAGACUCAGGGUCAUUUUUGUUUUUUAAUGGAGUAUGCCGCUGGUGGGGACUUAAUGACCAGUAUUAGGAACAAGAACUUUCAGCCAUUUUCCACAACCAGAGCUGUGUUUUAUGCGGCGUGUUGUGUGCUCGGCCUGGAUUUCUUGCAUCAAAACGAUAUUGUUCACAGAGAUCUCAAAUUGGAAAACAUUGUAAUUGACAUAGAUGGAUUUGCCAAAAUUACAGACUUUGGUCUUAGUAAACAAGGGAUGGGAUAUGGAGAACAAGACAGAACAUAUUGUGGCACCCUGCAUUACAUGGCACCGGAAAUGGUUCGCGGUAAACCAUACACAACAUCUAUUGACUGGUGGAGUCUCGGCGCAGUUAUUUAUAUAAUGCUGUGUGGAAUGUAUCCCUUCUCAGGUAACAGAAGAGAGGUGAGGUAUAAUAUUGUCUAUUCAACGCCGCACUAUCCGAGGUUCCUGACUGCAGAAGCGCGAUCAAUAUUGAGAAGUCUUUUGCAUAAAGAUCCCAAAGUCCGUCUAGGAGCCAGCGAGAAUGAUGCCUGGGAUCUGAAGAGCCACCCUUUUUUUAAACAAAUAGACUGGUUCGCAUUAUUGUUUAAGAGUGUCAGGCCGCCAUGCGUACCAUCCAUCGAGGGACCAGACGACGUCCGCUACUUUAAUAGAAUGCACACAUCAUGCGCCCCCAUUCUAACACCGCCAGACAAGUCUAAGUUACUAUCUGAUGUAGAGCUGGAGCUAUUCAAAGAUUUUGACUGGGUUUCCGAUAGGAUUUAA